ACCAUAUGCACUGUAAAAACAAGCCCAGCAAUGCAUUCAAAACCACUUCCUGCAGGGCAGACUGAAGCUGAGGGGAAAUGACAUCACAGGCUUUAAGUUGGGAGGUGAUGUCGAAAUCACCCAAAAACAGUUCAGGAACAGACGGGUACAGAUAAGUGUUGACACCAGCGACAGGUCGAAGUCCAAUUGCUGAUGUUACAAAACCAAUGGUGCAAGACAGACUACUAGACUCCCGUCUGAUUUGGGGAACUCUCUAGGUCAACAAUGAGACAGGCUACAGGACACAGCAGUGACAACCAGAGGAACAAUGCUACCCAGACUGGAUCAGUUGUUUUUCUCUCCAACCCUUUGAUGAGUGAUAUGGAGUCAGAUUGGUCCCCCAUUCAUGAUGCAGCCUACAAUGGACGUGUUCUCACACUGAGAAACCUAAUAGCUCAGGGAACGUGUGUCAACCUGGCCACUCAAGACAGAGUCUCUCCCCUUCAUGGAGCAUGUCUGCAGGGACACACUGACUGUGCCCGGUUACUGUUAGAAAAUGGGGCAAAUGUGAAUGUCCCCAUGUUGGAGAAGACCACCCCCCUGUCGGAGGCCUGUGCCCGGGGUCACGUGGCCUGUGUGACCCUGCUCCUCCAGCACGGAGCCUCACCCCAGGGAUCCAGCCUCUCAGCCUCCCCCAUCCACGAGGCUGCAGCCAAAGGUCACCCAGAGUGCAUUGAGUCUCUGGUUCAUCAUGGGGCAGAUGUAGAUCAGCACACUGACCAAUCAGGCUCGCCACUCUACAUUGCCUGCACAAAUCAGCAUCUGAGUACUGUGAGGAAACUGCUUCAGCUUGGUGCUAGUGUGAACAGGAGUAAGGAUGGGGACUCUCCUCUGCACGCGGCAGCCCGUCUGUCCAACCCUGAGCUGGUGUCUGUUCUCCUGGAGCACGGGGCUGACUGCAACUGCAGAGACACACAGGGCAAGCAGCCCCUGGACCUGGCCCCUCCCAACAGCCCUGUUGAAAAACUACUGGGCCACAGAGGAGGAGUGUCUCGUCUGAUGCAGCAGUGCCGGCUGUCCAUCAGGAACGUUUUGGGAAAGACCAGACUUAGUUCAAUCCAUGGUCUUCAGAUCCCCACAGAACUGAAGCAAUACCUUCUGUACCAAUCAGAUCAAAAGGGUAUAUUCAUUAAAUGAGCAUAUUUUUUAUGUUCUAUCUCAAUGCAUUUCUACUUUCGGUCAAUAGGUGGCACCUUACCACCAGCAUCUGUGGAGAGAGGACGUUAACACUUAUUGUGAAUGUUGAGUAGUGGGAUGGUUUGUGCCACAUUAUCAGAUUUGUACACAUGAAAGAUAUGAGAAAGAAGAGAGAACUAGAUUUUCUGCAUUCAGAAAUAAAUUAAUAUGUACUGUUACUUGAAAAUUGGUGUGAAUAUUGCUCAACGGUAAGAUCAUAAAUGUUAACCAAAGGAAUGCCAAAUAAACAUAAUUAUUUUGUUUCAAA